UGCAGGUGCUAGCUUUGACUUACUAAGAUCCCGGAAAGCCAGUUUUGAUUCCGGAACCACGGUUAUCGCCCCAACACAUGAGCUAAAAUCAUGGAUUCAUAAAUUUUCGGUCACACUUAAUCGCUUGGCACAGUUUUCUCUCUUGUUGGAAUUAAACCAAGGUCAAUAAGCGAAGAUCAGCAAAACAACCAAUUUUUAGAUGCUAUCUGACUAAUUUUAGCUUGGAAAACCGGUCUUCCAAGGUCUAAGAGUAGCUCUCACGGUCAUAUUCGGAAUCAGCAUGGUCGAUAACCCAGUAUCCACUAGUUUUCGCUCCAAAAGUAAUUGGACACUUGGGAAUCUUCCCUCAUGAGUGCAUUCUAUUUUGAAAUGGACAGUAGUUAUUCUAUGUACACAUGAAUAUAUUUUCUUCCUGUGUGUUUUGCUUUUUCUGAGUGGUGAAUCAAUAAAAUGUUCGUCAUAUUUUAGUCUCAUCAUUUUCAAUGCCGUGGUGGUGGAAAAACCUGGGAAGAUAUUGAUUGCGAUGUAUUUGAUGAUCCACAUCCAAUGACUAUGGCACUUUCAGUUUUGGUUACAAUUGAAAUGUUAAACGCAGUGAACAGUUUAUCAGAAAAUCAAUCAUUAGUUAAAAUGCCGCCAUGGUAUAAUAAAUAUUUAUUACUUGCUAUUGCAUUAUCAAUGUCAUUGCAUGCUAUGAUCUUAUAUUUACCAUUCUUCAAUACUGUAUUCCAAAUUUGUCCAUUAACAUCUGAAGAAUGGUUUGCUGUUAUUAAAAUAUCAAUACCAGUUGUUUUCAUAGAUGAAACAUUGAAAUUUCUUUCACGACGUUAUGUUGAUGGUAAUAAUUCUAAGAUAUUAUCGGGUGCAACUACAUUAAUUGUUAUGUGGGGAUUGUAUUUUGUACUAUUAGCCUAUUCACCCAUUUUUUCGACAUGGUAUGGCUUUACUCACCAUUCAAAUAUAAUUUCUGAUACACAAAAUUUGACAAUGCCACAUUCAAAUACUGAACUAUAG